CCGGAAAACGGCUCAAUAGACCACCUAUUUAAAUCGUUAUCGGUUCGAAAUCCUGCAGUGGUUUGCCUCUCAUUUCUUCGGAUUUCUUUGUGGCCCGACUCUCCAUCUUCUUUGCUCAGGAUGUUUUUCUCUCUUGUUGCCGUGUCUUGCGUUAUAACUUUGGCUAAUGCAGUAGCUUACGGUCCAGGAGGUAUGGGAAUGAACGGCGGCAUGGGAGGAGGAAUGAUGAACGGCGGCAUGGGAGGAGGCAUGAACGGCGGCAUGGGAGGAGGCAUGAACGGCGGCAUGGGAGGAGGAAUGAACGGCGGCAUGGGAGGAGGAAUGAACAAAAUGAUGAUGAUGAUGCCAGCAAAUGGAGGAAUGGGUUCUAUGAUGAUGCCAGCUAUGGGCAGUAUGAUGAACGGAGGAAUGGGAGGCAACAUGGGCAAAAGUAAUAUGAUGAUGCCCAUGGAAAUGAUGAAUAUGAUGAAAGGUGCAAUGGGGGGAAAUAUGGGUGGAAUGAACGGUAUGAUGAUGCCAGCUAACAUGGGCGGUAUGGUGGCUGCCGGAAAUAUGGGCAGCAUGGGAGGUAUGGGCGGUAUGAAAUCUGGCUAUGCUGGAUAAGAGAUUCAUUGUAGAUUUAUUUCAACAUAUGUAAAAGACCCCGAGGAGUUUUCCCUGUUUUUGCCUUGCUACAUCUGUAUCACAAAUAAAUUAAUGUCGCUUUA